AUGUCAACCUCGGACCCGCAGCGUACCCUGCGAAGGGCCAGCACGCAUACUAAUGAUUUUGACGAUUCCUUUUUGGGCCGUGUGAGAUCUUUCGUCCACCGGGAUAGCCACGUCGGCGUGGUCGGCCACCAUGCACUUCGAGAUAAGGAAGAUCUCGAAAUUCAUACCUGGGAUGGGAAGGAUGACCCGGAUAAUCCGUUCAAUUGGAGCAAUUCGUACAAAUGGACGUUAACCAUCACCAUCUGCAUCAUAUCGGUGCUGACCGGUCUCCCGGCCGGUUCCUACGGUGCCGGGAAUAACUACAUGGAAGAAAAGUUCCAUGUGCAAAAUACGCCGUUCCCAAACUUGGCCUGGGCCACGACUUCCUGGAACAUGGGAGCCGCCUUUUGGCCGCUCAUUUUCGUACCCUUGACCGAGUCGUCGGGUCGUAUGCCAGGAUAUUUUGUCGCAUAUGGACUGUUGAUCAUAUCGCUAUUCCCGUCCGCCUUUGCGCAAAACUUCGCGACGCUGGUGGUGACCCGGUUCUUCGGCGGCGGUGCUUCGUCUGUGUCGAUUAACAUCGUCGGUGGUAGUAUCAGUGACGUCUGGCGUGGUGACAAGGCACGCAGUAUCCCAAUGUCACUAUUCGGCUUGACUAGUGUCAUUGGAAUUGCUCUGGGACCGUUCAUCGGCUCUGCCAUUCAGGCUAUUCAUAAGAAUGACCCAUGGCGAUGGAUAUUCUACAUCCAAAUCAUCUACAACGCCGGCUUACUCCCCAUCUUCUGGUUCAUCCUCUACGAAACCCGCGCCGACGUGAUUCUCUCACGCCGCGCCAAAAAGAUCCGCAAAGAGACCGGGCGCCCGGUCUACGCGGAGGCCGAAAUCAGCCAAACGAGCGUGUGGAAGCUACUACAGGUGUCAUUCGAGCGGCCCACACGCAUGCUACUAACCGAGCCCGUCGUAGCAUUCUUCACCCUCUGGAUCAGUUUCGCCUGGGGCAUCCUCUUCCUAUUCUUCAGCAGCGUCGUCCAAACCUUCAGCACAAACUACGGCAUGAACACCCUCCAGACAGGACUCAUCCAGCUCGCCAUCUCAGUCGGCGCGCUCAUCGGCACCAUCAUCAACCCCCUUCAAGACAUGAUCUACCUGCGGUCUGCGCGCCGCAACAAAGAAGUCCCCGGCCGCCCAAUACCCGAAGCGCGCCUGUACACGUCCAUCCCGGGGAGCUUGCUCUUCGCCGGCGGGCUGUUCUGGUACGGGUGGUCGAGUUUCCCGCACGUGCAUUGGAUCGUGCCGACGUGCGGCAUCGCCGCCACGGGUCUGGGCAUCUACUCGAUCUACAUGGCCGUCAUUAACUACCUGACGGACGCGUACGAGAAGUACGCGGCGUCUGCGCUGUCGGCGGCGUCGUUGGGUCGGAAUUCCUUCGGAGCGUUUCUACCACUGGCGUCGUAUCAGCUUUUUGAUCGGCUGGGAUACGGAUGGGCCGGCUCGUUGCUGGGGUUCAUCGGUGUGGCGCUGUCGGUGGUGCCGUUGGUGCUGGUGUGGAAGGGGCCGGAGAUUCGACGACGCAGUCCGUUCAUGCGCGAGUCGACUUUCGGAGGGGAUGAAGAUGAGGCAGAGGCAGAGAAGGAGGAAGAGGCUGCGGUGGGAGGGAAUGGAGCGGAGCGGAGAGAGUGA